AUGCGUGAACAUUGCAAACAUAUGGAGCUUCCUAUGGCUAGAGUGAAAAAGGUCAUGCGGCUAGAUGACGAAGUUAGAUCUCAGAUGAUAAGUUCGGAUGCACCGUUGCUUUUGGCUGCUGCUUCAGAAAUGUUCAUUCAAGAGCUUACUUUACGGGCUUGGCAAUUAGUCGAAGAAGGUCGUCGUAAAACUCUUCAGAAGUCCGACAUUGCCGCCGCAGCCAGUAGAUUUGAACAUUUUGAUUUUUUGAUCGAUAUCGUCCCUCGUGAGGACAUUAAGAAAGUGCAUGACGAAAUGAUGAACAGUUCUCUGAGUGCUACAUCGGAAGGGUCGUUAGGAACCGCUGCUCAUGUGCAGUAUGUAUUGGCAGGAGAUGGAGCAUCUAAUAACGAUGUGUAUCAUUUAGACAAUGGUCAAGUCCUUCAUGCAACACCUAUCGGACAACCAAUUCCUAUUGGUAGUCCAUCAGCUGGAAACAUCGAUAUUAAAGAACGUGAGAAAAUAAAACGGAAAGCGUUAGUUGGUCGUUGUGAUCAUGACAUCGUCGCAUCAUUCAGUCAUCACCGUGUAAUACAACCAGGACAACUCUGUUUUCAAGAGCAUCAGCCGGUAAAUGGCCGUCAAGAUGAGAAGGUCUUCACCGUCCGAUCAGAUGUUUGCGAAAAUGUGAUUGAAAUCGGUAGAGAAGCUUCAGGCUCAGAUGAGGGAUAUGACUAUGCAGUAGCUGUUGUUAAUCGUGAAACUGGCGAAGUAACUUUUCGACCCGUUCGCUUGUGCGUUUUCGAGGCGACGCACUCUUCAGAUAUACCUCAACUCAUUGGCACAAAAAAACGAGCGCCUGUCGACUAUAGUGCGUCCUACGAUAUCAAAACUGAAGACUGGAUAAAGAAACGCAUGGAUUUGACCGUAGACUUUGGUUCUUCAAAGAAGAUGAAAAUUCAGGAAGCUUCUGUUCGCCGGCAAAUAAACAAUGAAACACUGGAUGCAAUGCGUAAAACGGCGUUCGCUUCUACAAGUGUGCUUGCAGAGUCAGAAGAUAUUAAAUUGGAGCAAAUAAGUAUGGUCGACAAGGCCCAGUCAUCAAUUCUUCCACAAGCCCAACCCGCUGCGUUACCUCGCGACAUAUAUCCCAUUUCCACAUUUUUGAAUGAUGAGGAAAUGCGGGAUCUGUCCGAUUGUGCAUUGUUCUCAAAUAGAGCUGUUGCAAAACGCCAACUUGAUGAAGUUCCUUUCCCUGAACCAUUCGUACAAAAAGUAAUGAGAGAUUAUAUCACUACUCAAUUUGAUCGAGGCGCAAGUGGGCGAACAGCUACUCGAUUGUCAUUGUCGUCACAUGAGAAGGAUAAGCUUACUGCCCAUUUGCUGGCACUUGCUCUUACUUUAAGUCCUGACUGUUCUUUGGCUAUUACGCAAUGGCAAAUUGCCUUAAAGAAAUCAUCUCGUUUCAUCGAAAAGAUGUUAACUGGUCUUGGUUGUGAUAUUGUCCAAUGUAAUGUUGACGAAGCGGCGAAAACUGAGUCACUACGAGCAGCACGUCUCCUACGACCGCCAAAUAAGGAAUUCAGUGGUUCGCGGAAAGUACGUCGUAGAAGGUGA